AGUUCCUGUCCGAAGAGAAAUUAAAGGGCUCUUGCUUUUGGGUGCCUCGCUCUCUCUUUCUUUCAUCGUUAAAACGGACACAGAGUUCUCUUGAAGGAAGUUAGAGCGAUUUCUCUUUCAGAGAGGAAGCGAACAAUGGCCGAUCAGCUCACCGAUGAACAGAUCGCUGAGUUCAAGGAGGCCUUCAGCUUGUUUGAUAAGGAUGGCGACGGUUGCAUUACAACCAAGGAGCUGGGAACUGUUAUGCGGUCAUUGGGGCAGAACCCAACUGAAGCAGAGCUUCAAGACAUGAUUAAUGAAGUAGAUGCUGAUGGUAAUGGUACCAUUGACUUCCCUGAAUUUCUAAACCUUAUGGCCCGAAAGAUGAAGGAUACUGAUUCUGAGGAGGAGCUGAAAGAGGCAUUCCGAGUUUUUGACAAGGAUCAGAACGGGUUCAUUUCUGCUGCUGAGCUCCGCCAUGUGAUGACCAACCUUGGAGAGAAGCUUACUGAUGAAGAAGUUGAUGAGAUGAUUCGUGAGGCCGAUGUUGAUGGUGAUGGCCAAAUCAACUAUGAGGAGUUCGUUAAGGUGAUGAUGGCCAAGUGACCAUUUCAUUCUCCUAGAAGCUAUAUUUAUGAAAAGAACCAAAACGCUCGAGAUAUAUAACAUGGAAAAAUUUGUAUGCAGUUCUUUUAUAUCCUUGUCAGAUUCUUCAAUUAAAAUAUGA